AUGGCAGAUUUUGAUGAUUAUAUCGAUGGUAAGCGAUUGCUAUAGGCUCUGAUGAAAUUACAUAAGAUAAUUCUAACACUUUUAUGACCUGUUUGAUUUUUCAGCUUUUCGUGACACGGGAACUCCAACAAGACUCGCCGAAUGUUCGUCGUGUGGAAGAACUUUUAAUCCAACUGCGCUCGUAGGUGUCAUAAACCUGUUACAGCGGCUGAAUUUGUAACUGUGAAUUUAUUUUAUUAUUUUGAUAUCAGCCUCCAAAUUUUGAAUUAACUCAGUGUGAAAAUAUCCUUGUGAAGACAUGACUCCUUUAAAUUUUGAUACGGUAACCAUAAUGAAGGAUAGGGAAAGUCAAUUCUUACUUUAAGUCACGAUGAUCAAUUUAACUGAUGUGAUUGUAUUGAUUUUUCGUUAGGGUCGACAUGCGAAAGUUUGUCAAGGGCAGAAGAAGAGAAAGCCGUUUAAUUCUUCUAAACAGAGGAAUUCUGAUCUUCCCAAAGAUUUUGUGAAAAAACCAACGAAGACACAGUCAGAAUUAGCAGCCGGAGGAAAAAAGGUAACGCCAGUUUCUGUCGAUAAUGAGUAGAUAUUUCAUUAUGAGUGAAAAAUCUUAGUACAGUUUUUUGGAAAUAAUAUAACAAAGUAUGGCUCCCUUGUGAGAAAAUCAAACAUUUUUCUAGUGCCUAAGAACCAUAGUUUGGUCUCUGCACUAAAAGGUGAAAAUAGAGAGGAAAAUUCAUGACAGUAAUAGUCAUGGCAAUAUUUGAUUAUUUCUGUUACUAACAUUUAAAUUGUAAAAGUCAUUUUAAAGUUUAUCAAAACUAUAACAAAAUUCUUGAAUGUGAUUGGUUAUCACCAGCCCAGUUUGAGCACUAAUAGGACAGUGUAAUAGGACAGUCAAAGGGGACAGUUAACAUGUUAUCCCUGUGUAAGUGAACAGAACAUGUCAUGUGUGUGCACUGUUGUCUCAAAUUUUGCUGAGUUAACCUUUUUUUUUUAAUUAAACAUACAACCAAUGUCUAUUUUCUUUUGCAAAUUUUGUCAUAGUUUUGGCUAAUUGGUAACAGGACUUCAUGUUAUCCAAUUCUGUCUGUAAUCAUACUUGUGAUUAACAAAUCAGACUCCCACUUUGUGGAAUACAGACCGAAUUGGACUCCUCAGACCUUUUACCAUUAUUACCCCUUUAGUUCACAAGAUCUGAUAGUCAAUUCUCCCCUGCAGCCACAACAUGUUUCCUUUUAAAUUAGUUACAAGAAUUUGGUGUUAGACCAAGAAAACAACUUCUACUUGAUAUCUUUGAGUAUUCUCAUUACCUGUUUGCUGGAUAAUGUAUGGAUAUUGCAGGGAGAAGUUACAUGUUAAUCACUUCUGGGAAUUAAAGGGUUAAUCAGGUAAAUUAUGAACUACAAGUAUCGUCUCAGAGAACUUAUUUUCUCUUUUCACCCAGUCAAAUUGGAGAGAAAAGCAUGAAGAAUUUGUCAACAAUCUCAGAGCUGCUAGGGGUGUGGCUAGUGCCCAGAAGACAGGGGGUCCUCUCCCACCUCCUCCUCCGCCAGCUGCAAACCCAGAUUAUGUACAGUGUCCACACUGUAGCCGGCGAUUUAAUGAACAUGCUGCUGAGAGACACAUACCAUUUUGUAAAGAGCAGAAGAGUCGUUUGGCCAAUUCAUCUUCAGCAAAAUCAGGAAGUUUAGCAAAACGUACACAGGUAAGUGGGUUACUCCAGUGCACGCCUGUACAUAGUUAAAAUUAUUUUGCAUAGAAUUUGUCAUAGUUAACCAAUACAAGCGUACUGGGCUCUUUAAGUCAAUACUAAAGUGGGUAAGUUUCUAAAGAAACUUUAGUAUAGUGGCGGUGGAGGGUGUAACAAGAUAAUUUGGUGUAAUCAUUUGAGUUGAUAGUGUAACUUGGCCAAAGUAAGUAAAGAGUUUCUAAAGCUGACCAUUAUCAGCUUUGGCCCUUUGUCCAAGCUAAUAGAGGAGUUGUAUGAUGGGGGUGUUUAUGAACAGGAAAAUGGAGCUAUGCUAUUGGUGGGAACAUGGUAGAGAAAAAAACAAGAAAAAUUAAUAGAGAAGCUUUUGUUAAUAAUGUGGAGAUUAAGGGUACCAAUUUGUUCAAGAGUUUUGCAGCUUUCCAAAUUAUGUAGGUGUUUGGAAAGGCAGCUGCUGACUGCCAUAUACUGCUAAGAAUAACUUGGGAGAUUAAGAUGUUCAGUAACAAGUUUGGAUGCAGAGAUGAGAGACCUAGAAAAGAGAGACAAAGAUGCUGUUGCUUUCCUUGUGUGACAUACCUGUUAGCAAACUAUGGCUUUCUUUGUGUGACAAACAAGUAGCUUUCAGACUGUGAAAAAUUUUAUGAUCAACCACUCUUCUUAAAGAUUUACUUUUAAUUUAGUGUGUUCAACAUUAAAGUGAUUGUUUCUAUUUCUCAAAACAGUAUAAACCUCCAUUACCUGGAAAGAGGACAUCUACUGGCUCUGCAACAACUGUAUCAUCAGCAGGAAAAACCAGACAAGUUGCUUCAGCAAAAACAAAAUCAGAUCUGGAUUUCUCUUCUCCUGGUCAAAUCUCUGGUAAGGAAAAAUGAGUGAGUUCAGAUUGCCUGAGGAUGUAAACUUUGAGCCUGGAAAGUUUUUGCUUAAUGUUUCCCUCCAUGAUAAAGCAGCAUUCAUCUAGAAAAAUUUUCCCUUAAUUUCUAGGUUAUGGCAGCCGACAACCACUUGCCUCUCCUAGUUCCAGAAGAAAACAGGUGCCAAAUGCAAGCCCAAUGUCAACGCGGAAAGGACACAGCUCACCAUCACAGCAGAGGAAUAAAGAUAUGAAUGGUGAAUAUUGUUUAAUCAGAAAAAAGAGUAUUAAGAAACAUUACUGUGACAAAUCAUUUGUUUUCAUUGUCCUUAGAAAAAGUCUUUUUUACCCAUUUUCUGUGGUUUUAAUAUUGAAUUCAAACCAGUUUGAAUUUGUGCAACUGAAGUGAUUAACAUGUAACUUCUCCCUCAAAAAUUCAUACAUUAACCAGCAAACAGGUAAUGAGAAUACUUCAACUUAUCAGGUAUAUCCUACAACAAAUUCUUGUAACUAAUCUAUAAGGAAAUAUGUAGCUGCUGGAAGGGAGAGUUGACAAUCAGAUCUUGGGAGUUAAGGUCAAAACUCUGUCCUGGAGACCAAGAUAUUUACAAAAGUUUUCCAUCUCACACAAAGUGCUUUGUAACUGUCUCUUGUCUUAGAAAUGUGUUGGCAUGACUCUUUGCCUUGUGUAUCCCCUGCUUCGAUCACUUACAUCUUUCUGUGUAAAAUCUUUACCCAGGAACAUAUUCUGGCAGAGCAAGGAGCAGUGAAAGGAAUCAACAUUUGUUCGAUUCUGAUGAAGAAACAUCGCCUGCCACUCAGAUCAGGGAAGCCAGAUAUGGCCGCCGAUCAAGCCAAUCAAAUGGGAAUACAGAUAACCCAGGGGGGAGGGGUGGAUCAGGUUCAAGGUAUUCACGACCUACCUCAGACUACUCGGACGUUUCUGAUAGAAUCUCGUCAUCAUCUUCAUCAGGCCAAAGAAACAGGUAUGAGUCUGAUAUUUUACCAGGUUCACCAGAUAAGUUGUGUUGUAUUUGCAUGUCAAACUUUUUUUUUUUUUGCCAGGCAUAUUGCGUUACGAGAUCCAAGCCCGACACUCUUUGAUGAUUUUGGGUUCGACAGUAACAGUCCCUCGCCAACAAUGGAUCACACCCCUGUCUCGUCUCGAGAGAGACUGCAAGAGACUGCAUCCCACUCUGCCAGAAGAGGACAAAGAGAAGGGAGCGCGGGGAAAAAGCUGUCAAAAUUCUGCCAUGAGUGCGGUACAAAAUACCCUGUGGAAAAUGCCAAGUUCUGCUGUGAAUGUGGAAUGAGGAGACUUUACAUUGAUCUUACAUAAUGAGGUUGGCUAUUGGUCAAGUGGCACGUUGAUAUCACAGGGAUCCCGAGUUUUAACCAAUUUGUGGCGUGCACAGAACGCUUAUGGGAACGAGAACUUGAAAAAUUCUGCAAAGAACACGAGACUACUGCUUUGAGUGUAAUUCCUUGUAAGAUCAAAUUUUCUACUAAGCCUUCACAAGAAAAGAACUACAAAUUAUUCGGUGAUUUACGAAUUAAGAGACUUCAUUUCCAGUGGCAUAAACACUUGUCUGUGGGUCUCAAUGGGACGAUGGCUGUUACGGCUAACAGUUAAAAUUCUGGCCGUUGUACGGCUUACGGUUAAUUUCCUUCCUAUGUGAUUAAAAGAAAAACAAUUUUACGGUCAACUUUUUUACGACUAACGGUAAAAAUUCGUCAAUUUUUACGCCCAACGGCUAACGUUUGACCCCAUCAGACCCUCUUUUGAACCUUGUCAACAGAGAAGAUAAUUGCGAACUCCCAUUCCAAAUUAAUUAAAGGAGACCGGUUGGAGGUACGGUG